AGCAGGCGCGUGUUAGGGAGGCGGAGCCUGUGGCUAGGGGCGGGGCCUCGGCGGUGGAAGGCACAGCGACCGCUUCACCGCUCUGGCUCGGUACUGGAGCGCGGAGGCAUCCCUCGCAGCAGCUGCUCCCGCUGCUGCACCUGGUCAGAGACUCUGCAAACAGGAGCGUCAGUGUUCAGAGAAGGUGACUUGCAAAUAGACCAUCUUAUCUUACUGGACCAUCUUCCCAUUGAGACUGUGAAAUGAGUCAGUGUCUGCACAGCUCCAAGGAAACAUGAGGUGAUGGGGCAGUUUUAGGGUUACUGGUCCAGGAGGCUCCUGGGGCCAUUCCAGGCCAAUGGAUGACGGUACUAAGAAGGCACCUACAGCCCUCUCUCACAGUCUACAUCAGCAUUUCUGAAUCUUCUUUUCAUUGCCACCCACCUCUGGGAAGUUCAUGCAACAGGCAGCCUCAUUGCGGGAGAGGACUGUCAGCUGCCUGCUCUGCCUAGCCAUCAUCACAUGCCUCCUGACUGGAACUGACCUCAGACCAGCAUCUCCACAGCAUGAAUAAUUAGGUAGGCAUAAUGGAAGGCACUCACUGCACCCUCCAGCUGCAUAACCCCAUUGCCGAACUCUGCUAUAUCAGCUUCUAUCUUCCAAAAGGGGAAGUCAGAGGAUUUUCAUACAAGGGCACUGUAACUCUAGACAGAUCCAAUAACGCUUUCCAUAACUGCUACCAAGUCAGGGAGGGGCCAGACAUCACCAGCCUCAGCCAGCAGCCAAACGAACAUCCAGGCGACAUAUUUUUCAAACAGACUCCCACAAAAAACAUCCUGACAGAGCUAUACAAGCUCACAGCAGAGAAGGAGAGGCUGCUGGACAGUCUGCUGAGGUCAGACAACAUCCUCGGUGUUUCAAUGGGGAGCCAGGAGGGAAAGUUGCAGGAGCUGUCAGUAAUCCUUGCCACUGGGGAUGAGUAUUUCCAGAGUGCUGGCAACUGGCGCAGAGAACUCCCUGUGAGCUCUCUCAUUAGGAGGAGCACCCAAGAGAACAAAAAGCCCCGGAGGUCUGGCAGGAGGAGAGAGAGCCCGGAGGAGCUCCGGCAGAAGAGAACCAGGAGGAAAGGGCGUGGCUGCCAGGAGUCAGCAUUUCAGAUGGGGAAGGACCAGGUCUGUUCCAGUAGCUCCCUUUCUUUUCGAGCUCGGCCUAAUCUCCGGCUCCUAGAAGAAAGAGGAAAUUUAGUUCCUCGGGGAACGCUUACCUCUUCGCUACGGAGAAGAGAGAGCUGCCCAGCCAACAUCCUCAGGACACCGGAUGCAGACCUGGCCUUCGGAAACUCUGGGAGAACCUCAGAGGACACUGAUCUUGAAGGACCUCUGUCCCCUGACAGCAGCCCCACUGAGGUAGGAGAUGCUGAUGUGGGAGGGCAGCUCAAGAGUUCUCACCAGCAGGAGCCCCCACAACCAAAUGUGUCUGAAAGCCAUGGGAAACAUGCAGGGGCAGAGAGGUGGAGCAGCAGGACUCGGAAGUCAAAGUCAUUGGAGAGGACUUGCAGUAAGAAACCUGUUUCCAAAGUGGUGGCCAAGAUUCAGGAACCAUCUGCCCCAGUAAAACGAAUAGUUAGGGCGCAUCAUGACGGCAAGGGAAGGGUUGCCUAUGGCCCAGAGACCCAAACUGAGUUUAUCCCAAAAGCUGACUUCCUCACCCUCCCAGGAGGUGAAACUGAGACUCAUAGUUCCGGGAGGCUGGAGGAGGAGCAGCCAGGGAUCAAGUCAUUGCGGUCCUCAGCCCCAGAAAGAGCCUCCAUUACCAAAGAACCAGCCAGCACCGAGGCCGCUGUGAACAAGGUUCUCCGCAAGGUGAUAGAGAGUGAGAAGUUAGACGAAGCUACAGAGGGGAAAAGGUUGGGCUUCUCUCUCAACACAAGGGCCACCCACACUUUCCCAGAAACUCGAAGCCAAAGGAAGGCUGGGCUACCGCAGAGUGGCCAUAAAUUCUUGCUUCUGGAUCUGCCGCACACGGUAGGUCCUGAUUCCCCACAACCCAAAUGCGAUGAGAAGAAGCCAACCCCCCAGGUUCCAACAGCUCUUGGCAUGGUAUUUAAUAAUUCAUCGCCUCAGUCCAGCGCACACAAACGGCUGUCACCUGUUCCCUCGCCUCUGUCUCCAAGGUGUCCCAGUCCACAGCAGCAUCAUAGGAUCCUUCUGCUCCCACCACUGCCUAGUGAGGGAGAAGUUGUUUUUAAUGAGUACCCUAGUAGAAAGAACGACGUCUCCUCUGGGUUCCCCUCUGCUGACACCUUGGAGCCAUCAUCUACUACGAAGGUCACGGAGACCAAAGGAGCCAGCCCGACUUCCCUCAGAGCAAGCCAAACUUGGCUGGUGUCUGAGGAAGCUUCCGAAAAAGGCUUGGGGCCAGAGAAGAUCACAGCUCCACCCCAGCACCAGUUGCCACCAGGUAUUGCCUCUGAAGGCUUUCCCUGUGACAACUUCAAAGAGCAGACGGCAAAAGACCUUCCCAAUAAGGAUGGAGGGGUUUGGGUCCCUGGUUACAGAGCCGGACCACCCUGUCCAUUUCUGCUCCAUGAAGAGAAAGAGAAGACAAGUAGAAGUGAAUUGUACUUGGAUCUCAACCCUGACCAGAGCCCCACAGAGCAGGACGACAGGACUCCAGGCAGACUCCAAGCUGUCUGGCCACCCCCAAAGACAAAGGACACAGAAGAAAAAGUGGGACUGAAGUACACUGAAGCAGAAUACCAGGCUGCUAUCCUACAUCUGAAGAGGGAGCACAAAGAAGAAAUCGAAACCCUGCAGGCUCAGUUUGAACUCAAGACAUUUCACAUCCGGGGUGAGCACGCAUUAGUAACAGCAAGACUUGAAGAAGCCAUUGAAAAUCUCAAGCAACAGUUAGGAAAGCGCCGGGAAGGAUGUGAAGAGAUGAGAGAUGUGUGCAUUUCCACAGAUGAUGACUGCUCUCCAAAGGCUUUCAGAAAUGUGUGCAUCCAGACAGACAGAGAGACCUUCCUCAAGCCCUGUGAUGCUGAAAGCAAAGCAACCAGAAGCAGCCAGAUAGUACCCAAGAAGCUGACUAUCUCCUUAACCCAGCUCUCUCCCUCAAAAGACAGCAAAGACAUCCACGCCCCAUUCCAGACAAGAGAAGGCACCUCCUCAUCUAGUCAGCAUAAGAUAUCCCCUCCAGCUCCCCCCACGCCACCACCACUCCCUCCACCUCUCAUUCCUCCACCUCCGCCCCUCCCACCUGGACUUGGACCUUUGCCUCCAGCACCACCCAUACCACCUGUGUGUCCUGUGUCGCCACCGCCACCUCCUCCGCCUCCUCCUCCAACUCCCGUGCCUCCAAGUGAUGGACCACCACCACCACCACCUCCUCCACCACCACUUCCCAAUGUCCUAGCUCUUCCUAACAGUGGAGGUCCUCCUCCUCCUCCACCUCCUCCUCCGCCAGGACUUGCACCCCCACCUCCUCCUGGACUGUCCUUUGGACUCAGCUCUUCUUCCAGCCAGUAUCCUCGUAAACCAGCCAUUGAGCCCAGCUGUCCUAUGAAACCUUUGUAUUGGACCAGAAUACAAAUAAAUGAUAAAAGCCAAGACGCCGCACCAACUUUAUGGGACUCCUUAGAAGAGCCUCAUAUUAGGGACACAAGUGAAUUUGAAUAUUUAUUCUCCAAGGACACAACUCAACAGAAGAAAAAACCCCUGUCAGAGGCCUACGAAAAGAAGAACAAAGUCAAAAAGAUCAUCAAGUUAUUGGAUGGAAAGCGAUCUCAAACUGUGGGAAUCUUGAUAUCUAGUUUACAUCUAGAAAUGAAAGAUAUUCAACAGGCCAUAUUUACUGUGGAUGACUCCGUGGUUGACCUGGAGACCUUAGCAGCCUUAUAUGAAAAUCGAGCCCAGGAGGAUGAACUGACUAAAAUAAGAAAGUACUAUGAGACAUCCAAAGAAGAAGACUUGAAACUGCUGGACAAACCUGAACAAUUUUUGCAUGAGUUAGCCCAGAUUCCCAAUUUUGCCGAACGUGCCCAGUGCAUAAUCUUCAGGGCUGUAUUUUCUGAGGGUAUCACAUCCUUACAUCGAAAAGUAGAGAUUGUCACACGGGCCUCGAAGGGCUUGUUGCACAUGAAGAGUGUGAAGGAUAUCUUAGCUCUCAUUCUGGCUUUUGGAAACUACAUGAAUGGAGGAAACAGGACGCGAGGGCAAGCAGACGGAUAUAGUUUAGAAAUUCUGCCCAAACUCAAAGACGUCAAAAGUCGGGACAAUGGGAUGAAUCUGGUGGACUAUGUUGUGAAGUACUACCUGCGAUACUAUGAUCAGGAAGCUGGAACAGACAAGAGUGUUUUCCCGCUGCCUGAACCACAGGAUUUCUUCCUGGCCUCUCAAGUCAAGUUUGAAGACCUCCUAAAGGAUUUGAGGAAGCUGAAGCGUCAACUAGAAGCAAGUGAGCAACAGAUGAAGCUGGUGUGCAAGGAGUCCCCAAGGGAGUACCUGCAGCCUUUCAAGGACAAACUGGAGGAGUUCUUCAAGAAAGCCAAAAAAGAGCACAAGAUGGAAGAAAGUCACUUGGAGAAUGCACAGAAAAGUUUUGAAACAACAGUGGGAUAUUUUGGAAUGAAGCCAAAGACUGGAGAGAAGGAGGUCACCCCCAGCUAUGUGUUUAUGGUGUGGUUUGAGUUCUGCAGUGACUUCAAGACCAUUUGGAAGCGGGAGAGUAAGAACAUAUCUAAAGAAAGAUUGAAAAUGGCUCAGGCAUCCGUCAGCAAACUGACAUCAGAGAAGAAAGUGGAGACAAAGAAAAUCAAUCCCACCGCUAGUCUGAAAGAAAGACUGCGUCAGAAGGAAGCCAGCGUGGCCACCAACUAAGAUGAAAACAGAAGGAAGUUACAAUAUGAAAGACAGCACCUCACUGCUCCUGCAGACACAAGGGCCACCGGGGAGUUCCUGAAAGACUAGUUAGGGACAUUUGCUCAUCUCCUUCUGAGGCCAUCUGCAGAAAGUCCCCUGUGCCUUCUUUGGGAAGUCUCUUGUCAAUCCACAAGAACAAUGCAAAGUUAUGUUUGGGAACACUACAGGAAUAUGUAAUUGUUUCUUGCAGAAGUCUUAAGUCCACCCAAUAAUAAGAUCAGAAGAUAUUUAAUUCUUUUCACAUUUUAUUUAUUUAAAGUGGAAAUUCUAAGCCUUCCAGUAUAUACCCUUGUCAUGAGAAAAGAGGUACAUGGUGAUCCCCAAGAGAACUCAAGCCUUAUUCCUCACACACUACAGUUUGUAUUGAUCUUAAUUUUUAUCCUGUUAUACUGAGAUCCUAUUGCAUUUUCACCAAAAAUAUUGAAACUUACCAGAAUUGAUUUUGAAGAGGUUUAAUACUGUGUAUCUCCCAGACUAGCAAAAUGAUUUUUGAGGAGAAGAAUGAUGGUGGUGGUGGUGAUGAUGGGGAUGAUAAUGAUGAUGAUAUAAUGAAAUGGACAGGAUUGAAAUCUCACAUGGGUGGAAAGGGAAUAAUAACCAUAAACCUUAAUCUGGAGAAGAAGUUUUGAUGCUGGAAGUGAGCAUCAGCUAUUGAGAUAGGCCUGCUCAGUUAAUAUGGCUUCCUGGCCAGUAGGCAUUCUGUACCAACUUCUAAUAGAAAUGAGGCAAGGACAAACUUGGAUCAAGAGGACCCAUUUGGGUGAGGGACCAGGUGGUUUCCAAUCCAGUGUGGACAGCAAAUGAAUGCUAUGCAGGCAUGCAGAUGAGAUCUGUACUAUAGUCUACAAUUUGUAUCCUGUCUCUCCCACCACCCCCGGCAGUGUCCAGACAGGAGAGCAGAUGCCACUCUCCCCUUUUACCAUGACCUUGACACAUGAGCACAUGAAGGAAGGUAGCCAGGGGGCAUUUGCUGUCCAAAAAAAUGUUAUGAGCAGAAGAGAUUUUUACAGUAACAUAAAAGCAGAAUUCUUAUGUUGAUAUUAACCUGCAAAUGGACUGUCAGCACCAGGUGGUGUCUUCUAACUCUGGUCCUUACAUCACAGAGAAAAGCCACCUUGCCCGUUUUUCCUCCAUUCUGUGAACUUCCCUGGUGAGAGAAGAAGGAGGACUGGGCAUGAACUGAGGAUUGUAUUGAAGACUGUGGUUUUUAAGCCUCGCUGUAAAGAAAGGCCAUGCUUUUGUGUUAGUGGAGACAGUCUAGAGUUGCUCAGAAUCUUGUAGGGUUUUCUGAUCUGGUUACCUCUAGCUGCCAUGUGGGGUCCACCUCUUGCCUCAGCAACUUUCCAGGACCUUUGAACUUGCCAGAUACCUUAAGUGUCUUCCCAGAAUCUGCCCACCUGUCAUCAGCCCCCCAGCCCCCCACCACUCAGGGACACUCUGCUAAUAGACACAAGCUAAGGAAAGCAGCACCGUAGCCUGACAUAGUGCAGACCUUGUAAAGCAAGAGUAGCUGGCAUCUCUUAAGUCACUGAUGCCAUUUCAUACAGGUGCUAGCUGUCUUUCUGUGGUUUGAAGGAAAGUUAUUGUCACGUGGUUUGUUUUCCUCAAAAUGAAGGGAUAGGACAAAAGAGACAAUCAAAUAUGGAGCUUAGCAUAGCUAGAAUGGCAUGAUGUCACUGUUCUUUUCCUGUGGCUUUUUAUUGUUGUUUCUCAUCAUUCUCACCUCGAGGAAGAGCAAGAGACUUAACCAGCAGGGCAAAUUCCACUUGCAGACAUCCUUUACUCUGUGGUCCCUUGUUAGUACCGAAGUGCAAAAAAGAAAUGCAGUUCUGUGUUUGGAACAAGAAGCAUCUCAGCAUUCUGUGAGAUCUGCAUGGAUCCUGUGGGUGGAGUCAGCAGGAACAAAGGGUUUUCCAUGGUAUUGAUGCUACCUCAGGUCUCUAAGAUGCACAUGAGUCAGCACAGGUGGCACUGUCUCUCCCUUGGUCCUUCAGGACCAUAGCAGAUCCUGCAGGUUGACACGAAGUAGACCAUAAUGUUGUGUGUUGGGAUUGGGGCAGGGGAGGGGGCUCUUUGUUGGGUUAAGGGUGCUGCAGAGAUGGCUUGAGGGUCAGGAGUACAAAGCCUUCCUGUAGAUGGCCAGAGUUUGGAUUCUAGUGCUCGUGCUGAGUGGCACACACUCAAACAUUACUCUCUCUUGGGAGUCUGACAUCCUCCACUGUCCUCCAUGGGCACCCGUGCUCACAUGCACAGACGCAAACACAGUUGUCAUACAUGCCACCACACAAAGACAUACACAUAUGCACAUAAUUAAAAACUAAAAAUGAAUCAUAAAAAACAAAUGGGUACAUGAUAUGGUAAGAUAAAUGAGGGGGAAAAAAACUAAAAAUAUGCUUUUGUCCCAAAUAUCUCAUUUUACAAGGUAGUUUAAAUUGUGUUAAAAUCACUAGCAAGAAGUAUAUAUUUUCUUUGAUUUUUAUUUUCAUUUUCCUUUGCCUGUAUUUAUCAAAGAAAAAGACCAAAAGAUGAUGGUAAAACCUCUGUUUCUAUAGAUUUAUUUUUAUACAUGUUUAAUUAUUGAAUCAUAAAAUGGGGACAUAUCAUCAAAUCCAAAGUGGUAACAGUGCUAAAUAAGCAUGUAUGAAAUUGAAUGGUUGUGAUGGCUGGUGGGCGGGGGCAAAGAGCCUACCAUCUCUGCCUGAGACAUCAGUUUAUACCAGACCAUUUUUACUAUGGAAUUUCAAGAGUUAAGGAUUGUCUUGGGAAACGUAGUCUAGAAAAAGCCACGUAGAGAAUAACGUGAUGUUCUAGAGUUGUAUGUGUCUGGGUUCUUCCUAUGAGAUCUAAGGGGACGUUAUAAGUGAGCAGAAUAUCAGAAGACCAUGAAUAUGGCAAUUCAUAGUUGAGCUGUGUUGGCUUGAGGGAUGCUGCUGCUAAGUAGGGUGGACUGGGCAAAGCAAUGAACUUUCAGGCAUUCGAGCUACUUCAUCUGCAUAAGGAAAUCCUCAAUGUAGGUGAGUCAGGUCUGUUCCCCAACUGAAAGGGCUGUAAAAGAAUGGAUUAAUGUUUAGCUCUCACAAAGAGAGAUAACCUUGGAUACAUCUUCAUCUUCUAGCUAUAUAAAGAAACAAUCCAGCUGCUUAGAAGCUGUGACUAAUACAGAGUUGACUUUAAAAAAAAGCCCCUCCAAAAACUCAACUCAGCAUCUCUCCCCCUAUGGACUUAACCCAAGUGUUUUUAAUGCUGGUAGCAGUUGGAUCCAGGCACAACCAGACUUAGUUGCACAACUGUAUGUGACCAAAAGACACAUUUUGUGUCACUCCUGCUUUCCUGUCAGCUGUUGACACCUUGGUAGGAGCUCUCAUUAUUACAUUCUCCAUUCUCCAUUUCCCUCUUCAAGGAUGGGCAAUCUACCAAAAUCCCUCAAGAUAACCCUUUGCUAGGAAGUGGUGAAUCUAAAAGCUGAAGCACGUUUCAUAUGAAGCCAGUUCAGUGGCCUUGUUUAUUUCAAGACAAUGCCUUAUAUCACAUUGGAGGAGUUUGAAUACUUAACAGGUUCUUUGUCAACAUGGAGACAUUAACAUGGUAGCUCACUGACUGGGUCUCUUCAGCUGUCAUCAGGCUUCCACCAGAAGAACAAACAACAACAAAAAAAGCCAAUGAAGCCAUGUGCUGUCCUUAGGCAGACGUACUUGUCUCCACUCCCCACUCCAUCUCAGCCCAACUCCAGACACCCUAGGGCUGACCAGCUCCAUUGAGACCCUGUUAUUUCUCUGCUUUUCUCUUUCCUUGCGCCCGUAGCCCGCAGGAGCCCUCCACUUUAUCCCAUAUUUUUGCUGUCAAAUUCUUAGUCUAGAGGAGACUGAGCUAACUUCAGCUUGCUUGCUUGCUUGCUUGCUUGCUUGCUUGCUUGCUUGCCCUUAAAGAACAGAUCAAGCCUACAUACUCCAUACACUAUACUUCAUACUACAAGCUCCAUCUGUCCUCAGAUAAUUGUCUGACUUUUUUUAGUCUUAAGUAUAGAGGGAAUCCCCUAAAGGCUGAUCCAACUGCUUCUGUGGUUCCACGGUAUUUUUCAUGGUUCAUGUGAAACGUGAUAUCACUGGGCUGCCAAAGCACAAAUGAGUCAGUAUUCUUGGGCAGAAGUGAACAUCCCAAGGAUUCAACAGGGAAUAAACAGGCUCUAGCACAUUAAGGAUGUGGCCUAGGCUGAGUGUUACCUUAAAAUGCCUUGUGGUCUCCACCUCUAAAGCUAUAAAAGUGUCUUAGAGAGAAUACUCAUCUAGUAAAUAGUGUGAGUUUCCAAUGUAUUAUCUUAUAUCAAGUAAGAAAUCAAGUAUAUAUCAGCAGAGGCUUACCAAAGUCAUACCUGCUCUCCUCCACUAUUCUCUUCCAGAGUUUUCUUCAACUUCCAUCUUAUAAACCAAGGUAUUUAAAUUGUUCAUCUUAGUUGACUUUCCCAAGCCAUACUUCUAAAACAAAACACCAGCCCCAUAGACCACUGAGCACCUAGGGAGGUUUCUCUGCCUAGCCAUAGCAUCAUUAAUAGAUGUCCAAAAAUGAGCAAUUCUGGGAAUCACGCAGUGGGUUUUAAGGUAGUUAAUAUCUAUGGUAUAUUAAAAGGAGCAGUCAUCAUAUACUACUGCAUUUCCACUGAAGAGCCAAAAGGCAUUUAAUAUAUAUGUUCAUGAAACAUACCUUUUUCCUCUUUAAAAAAAAAGAUAUACUCAUUUUUUUAUUUUAUGUGUAUGACUGUUUGCCUACGUGUAUAUAUGUGCACCACCUGUGUGCCUGGUGUCUGUAGAAGCCAGCAGGAGGCUGUUAGAUCUCCUGGGCCGGGCGUUCCAAACAGUUGUGAGCUACUGUGUGAGUGCUAGGAGCAAACCUGGAUCCUCUGCAAGAGCAACGAAUACUGGUAACCCCUGAACCAUUUCUCCAGCCCCCUUUGCCUAUCAUCCAUCUCAAGAUAGAACCUAAGUAUUUCACGUCUGACCAGCAGUCUCUGUGGUUCUGCACAGAUUUUGGAAGGUCUUCACUACUCUUGGAAACAAACCCAUGAAUGAAGAAGAAACUCUUAAAAUGGUUCUGUCUGCACUGAUUCAAAGAGGAUUUGUGGGAAAGAAAACUAAAGGCAUGGGUUUCGUCCAAAAAUCAUGAAUUUUUCUAAUUCUACUAUUUUACAACUUGCUGAGACACAAAUACUGUGCCCUUCCUGUCCUACUGACCACUGGGUAUGUAAUCUUUGAGGGAUAUGCGCUUUUAGGAAAAAGGAUUUCCCUUUAAGGGAGCAAUCUAAGAUAGUCUCUGAAAGGCAGAAAGUUUACAAAUUAGACACUGGGUAUUUUUUAAGAACCUUCAGUGGAAGCAUGUCAUCAAUUCAUCACAGGCCUUUCCUGUCUUUGAAUUAGAAUCCAGACUAGUGUGGGAAGCAGUCUCUCUGGACUUUGAUUUAGGGAUCAUGUUUUGGCCUGGAAAAUAAGCAUUGGCCUGCGUGUUUAGAAGCUCCCUGAAAUCAGUUAGCAUCCUAAUACGAGUCAGAUGCUGCAGAAAUGUAAGGCACUUCAAGUCACUUAUGGGUUGGCUUGGUUUGGUUUUUCUUAGCACCACCUGGGAUCACAGAGGCUCCUAAGAUACAUGAGACCUUUGCAGUGUUUUCUCUCCACCUUCUGAGACAGAGGGAAGCAAGGAAACAGGGGAGAAAAAAAAGAGUGAACAAAUUCAGUGCAGUGUUUUACACAGCUUGGUACCAUGAUAGUACCAGGGACAGGUUUUAAUAGAAAUUUAAGCUAUUUGUAUUACGAACAUAGGAGUGUCCACAUGUUGUUGUAACUCUGUCCUGCAAGAGCAGGUAUUCCAAUGACACUGGCCUGUGCUUAGCUGAGGAACUUCCAGCUUCAGAUUCUGUUACAAGUGUCACUUGCCAAAGGACCUUACUGUUCCUUCUAAGCAUCCCAGCACCUGGUGUGAUCUAGCUUUCCUCCACCCAUACUUUGUCUUCAGCUUCCCCUUCCCUCACAUAUCACAGCCCUUCUCUCCCAAAGGGACCUUUGCAGCUUCUAUUGGACCCAGAUACCCUUUACCUCUACAGCAUAGACACCAAAUGUCCCAUAGUCCUCUCACACCCUGUGUUCCAGCCUUCAGUGUUUGGACAGAGCACCACUGUCACCAAGGAGCCUGUGUGAGACACACUGCUGAGACUGCCUCUUGUUAAUGUCACCAUCACCUCAUCACUCAGGCAAAGAGGGGAAAAUCCAUAAAAGAGGUGGAAAAUGCAUUUAGUUUUUUCAUUUUGUUCUACUUUAUUAAAAAGGUUGGGUGUUCUAGUUCUUGGUUUCUCAUAGAUUUUUAAACUAUCUAAUUAGAGAACACUUUUGAUCCAUCACAGCAGGUCACCAGCCAUGACAAGGCUCAAUCUAGGACUCUCAGCUUCCUGCGCUGCUGGACACAUUGACCUCUGUGCAAACAUUGUAGACUUCUUAUUGCUACUCAAUUCUUGCUACUGCUCAUGAUUCAAAUGUCUACCACAAUCUGAAUUGGGAUGUUGACAUUUUGUGGUUAUUUUCAGAUUAAUAGUAAUUGUUAUGCUCUUAAAAGCACUCAUAGAAAGUGUAAGCAUGUGUAAGCAUGUCCUGAAUAGCUUACUAUUCUGUCAUGGUAAAACACAGCCUUUCUGUUCAAAUAUUAGGCCAAUCUGUAGGUGGAAAAAUUAACCAAUAAAAUAAAGACAGCUUUGGAAAGGAGAAGGCACUUUAAAGACAUGAAACCUCUUAUUACAUGCUCUUGUAUGUUUUUAAGCAUAAUAAGCUAACUGGAUUUGGGUAUAUGCCCUUUAAGUUAAAAAUAAUAUGUAUUUCUAAUUUGCAUAUUUAAUUUUGUCAACACUAAGAAAUGUUCAUGUGUUGAAUUUGUAAAUAUAAUUUGCAACCAAAUGAAGUAUUUAUUUUUAAAAAGAAAAGGUGGAGGAACCAAUAUCAACUUGUACAUAAUGAAAAUAUGCGUGUACAUAUAUUUUCCUUCUUGACACUACUUGAUCAUUAUAUCAAGUGUAUUUUUGUACAUAAUAUAUAUUGGUUAGAAAAAAAUAGAUUGUCUAUUGAAAGAAAUUCUCUCUCUGCAGUAGAUUAUAUUUAUCCUAAUCUAUUGAUAUUCUGUUGAUUUGUUUUAAGAGAUAGAACUCUAUUUUUUUGAACUUCCAGAGAAUUGCAUUCAUGGCUUCCACUUGUAAAUAUGCUAAGGGUAUUUUAAUAAAUCUUGGUUUCAUGUCCA